GCCAGAUCCGAGCUGGUCAAGGCAUGUCCGGGCGUCGAUCGCGGCCAGAGUGCAGUCGGAGCGGCGGCGGCGGCGGCGAAAGAGAGCGGAGGCUGCGGAAGCUCAGCGCCUCCCCGCCCGCCUCGCCUCCUCGCCUCCCUCCCGCUUGGAAGCCGCUUUCCGGAGCGCCGCCCACUCCCUCUUCCCCACCGCUGGACGGCACGGCUGCUCCGGCCAGACGCCGCUGGCGGCAGCCUGGCGCUCCUGGCCUGGAGGGCGGUGGGGAGCCCCGGCCUGAGUGCCUGGCCGGCGCAGUCCCGAGCCCCAUGCGUCUCCGCCGCCCUUGGCAGCGCCUGGGUGGGCAGGAAAGGCUGCGGGCAGAAAGUCAGGAUUCCCGCCCAAAGUAUCCAUGCUCGCAGAAGACUGAGUCUCUGUGUGAUUUACUGGUCUGCCCAGUGAACCUCUGGAAGAAGAGCUUUGGGCGGUACACAGAGUGAUGCAGAAAAAACAUUGCUAAAAGAUUGGCAUUCAAAGAAAACUUGGCAUGUUAGAUGUAGUUUUUCCAACUGUCUUCAUCAAAAGAAUCAUCAUCUGGGAUGAGGAGUUUGUUGACCAAUAUUCAAUCUGUACAGAAAUACUAGCUUAAUGAACCUAGUUAAAGUGAUGCUUUGGUUCCUCCUAGGUAUCUGUUGCACUGCACAUAUGGAAGGAAAAGUAAAAUAAAUGGGGUGAUACCAUGGUACCUUUUAAGACAUCCAUGCUGUUUUACUGUAGUACAAAGCACAAUUGUCUUUCCAAAUGAUGCUAUUUUUCAGGUGUGAUUAAACUGUUACUGGAAUGGGAUCUAUACAAUUUACUUGCAGAAUGCUAUUUUCUACCUCCCUUUUCUAUUGUUGUUUAAAUGAAAUAUAAGUCUGGAAGGAGUAAUUCACAUAGAAGCAUGACUAUACCAUAUCAAAAAUAACUACAAGAGAUUUUUCCAGGAAUCACAGACAACUUGGGUUGUGGGUUAUUACAUAUGAAUGUAACAUAAAAUAAAUAACAUUUAAAAUUAUGCAAAAAGCCACAAAAAAUGGAGUCAUCUCUGCAAUUAUUUUAUAUGUGAAAUAUGCUUUCACCACUCUCUCCUAGCCAUCCAUAACAAAGCUUGUCAAAAAUCUAAUUUUAAUAAGAAAAUGUAUGUCAGUGCGUUUGCAUAACCCCUAUUAAAAAUGUAGUAAAACAA